UCUUUCGACACCCGGAAACGAGCCCUGAGUGAGAGCUCUUCAUGUGUUCGCCUCUCUCUGCUGCUCACUGUCAACGUGAGGGACGUCACACGUCGAGCGCCGCACAGAAAGAAAUCCGUGGCUACUGGACCUUCAUCGAGGUUCUGUUCGGUACCAUUUUACCUCCAGCUUUACCGUUACGUGUCGGAUUCACGUUUCCUUGGCGACAAGCACACAAGGUGCGAACUGGAAUCUUUUGGACGAACGGCAGAGACCCAAACUUGAGUCGAGAUGAGUGUGGAGGCGUACGGGCCAAGCUCCCAGACCCUCACCUUCUUGGACACCGAGGAAGCGGAGUUGCUCGGAGCGGACACCCAGGGCUCCGAAUACGACUUCACCGACUUCACUCUCCCGAGCCAGACUCAGACCCAGGGCCAGACUCCGAGUCAGCUUGACGGCCAGGUUAACGGUCCCGAUGAUGGUCUCCACAACGGCGGAGUGGAAGAUUCUGUGGUCAAAGCCAGUCAGCUGUUGGCAGAACUCAAUUUUGAGGAGGAUGAAGAAGACGCGUACUACACCAAGGACCUGCCCGUGCAUGCUUGCAGCUAUUGUGGCAUUCACGAUCCGGCCUGUGUGGUGUACUGCAACACCAGCAAGAAGUGGUUCUGCAAUGGACGUGGAAAUACAUCUGGCAGCCACAUAGUGAACCACUUGGUGCGAGCCAAAUGCAAAGAGGUGACACUUCACAAAGAUGGACCCUUGGGAGAGACCGUCCUGGAGUGUUACAACUGCGGGUGUCGUAAUGUCUUCCUCCUGGGAUUCAUCCCUGCCAAGGCUGAUUCUGUAGUCGUGCUGCUCUGUAGGCAACCUUGUGCCAGCCAGAGUAGCCUGAAAGACAUCAACUGGGAUAGCUCCCAGUGGCAGCCGCUGAUCCAAGACCGUUGCUUUCUCUCGUGGCUGGUGAAGAUCCCGUCGGAGCAAGAGCAGCUGCGUGCCCGGCAGAUCACUGCCCAGCAGAUCAACAAGCUGGAGGAACUCUGGAAGGACAACCCCACCGCCACCUUGGAGGACUUGGAGAAGCCCGGUGUCGACGAGGAGCCCCAACACGUGUUGCUGCGCUACGAGGAUGCCUACCAGUACCAAAACAUUUUUGGCCCUUUGGUCAAACUGGAGGCCGACUAUGACAAGAAGCUCAAGGAGUCUCAGACCCAAGAUAAUAUAACAGUAAGGUGGGACUUGGGCCUGAAUAAGAAGCGGAUUGCAUAUUUCACUCUACCGAAGACCGAUUCAGGUGACAUGCGCUUAAUGCAAGGCGAUGAGAUCUGCCUGCGCUACAAAGGUGACCUGGCCCCGCUUUGGAAAGGGAUCGGUCAUGUCAUCAAGGUCCCCGACAACUACGGGGAUGAAAUUGCUAUUGAACUGCGGAGCAGUGUUGGAGCCCCCGUGGAAAUUCCUCAUAACUUCCAGGUGGACUUUGUGUGGAAGGCGACUUCGUUUGACAGAAUGCAGAGCGCUCUGAAGACCUUUGCCGUGGAUGAAACCUCAGUGUCGGGUUACAUUUACCACAAGCUCCUGGGUCACGAAGUGGAAGAUGUUACCAUCAAGUGUCAGCUGCCCAAGCGCUUCACUGCCCAGGGCCUACCUGAUCUCAAUCACUCACAGGUGUACGCCGUGAAGACGGUGUUGCAGAGGCCUCUCAGCCUCAUCCAGGGUCCUCCCGGCACCGGCAAGACUGUCACCUCGGCCACUAUCGUCUACCACCUGUCACGUCAGGGCAACGGACCAGUCCUGGUGUGCGCUCCCAGUAACAUUGCAGUGGACCAGUUGACCGAGAAGAUUGACAAGACCGGCCUCAAGGUGGUCAGGCUGUGCGCCAAGAGCCGUGAAGCUAUCGAGUCGCCGGUGUCUUUCCUGGCAUUGCAUAAUCAGAUCAGCAAUAUGGACAGCAUGCCAGAACUUCAGAAACUUCAGCAGCUGAAGGACGAGACCGGGGAGCUGUCUUCCGCCGACGAGAAGCGCUACCGAGCUCUGAAACGCACCGCUGAGAGGGAGCUGCUCAUGAACGCCGAUGUCAUCUGCUGCACCUGCGUUGGCGCAGGGGACCCUCGCCUGGCCAAGAUGCAGUUCCGCUCCAUCCUGAUUGACGAGAGCACCCAGGCCACCGAGCCGGAGUGUAUGGUGCCUGUUGUGCUCGGAGCAAAGCAGCUCAUACUGGUUGGUGAUCACUGCCAGCUUGGUCCUGUGGUGAUGUGUAAGAAGGCGGCCAAAGCAGGGUUGUCCCAGUCCCUGUUUGAGCGCCUGGUGGUUCUGGGGAUCCGGCCAAUUCGCCUUCAGGUCCAAUACCGAAUGCAUCCGGCUCUCAGCGCCUUCCCGUCUAACAUCUUCUACGAGGGCUCCUUGCAGAACGGCGUCACAGCAGCUGACCGCAUCAAGAAGGGCUUCGACUUCCAGUGGCCACAGCCCGACAAACCAAUGUUCUUUUAUGUGACGCAAGGCCAGGAGGAAAUUGCUAGCUCCGGAACUUCCUACCUGAACAGGACUGAGGCUGCAAAUGUCGAGAAGAUCACCACCAGGCUGUUGAAGGCGGGUGCCAAGCCGGACCAGAUUGGGAUCAUCACCCCGUAUGAGGGUCAGCGUUCGUACCUGGUCCAAUACAUGCAGUUCAGUGGCUCUCUGCACACUAAACUCUAUCAGCAAGUGGAAAUUGCAAGUGUGGAUGCCUUCCAAGGCAGAGAGAAAGACUUUAUCAUCCUGUCUUGCGUUCGCGCUAACGAGCACCAGGGGAUCGGCUUUUUGAACGAUCCGCGGCGUCUUAACGUGGCUUUGACCAGAGCCAAAUAUGGAGUGAUCAUCGUGGGCAACCCCAAGGCGCUUUCGAAGCAGCCACUGUGGAACAACCUGCUGAACAACUACAAAGAGCAGAAAGUCCUGGUGGAGGGACCCCUGAACAACCUGAGGGAGAGUCUCAUGCAGUUCAGCAAGCCACGCAAGCUGGUCAACGCCAUCAAUCCUGGUGGACGUUUCAUGAGCACUGCGAUGUAUGAUGCCCGUGAAGCUCUCAUCCCUGGCUCUGUUUACGACCGCAGUAAUACUGUCGGUCGCCCGGCAAACAUGUACUUCCAAACUCACGACCAGAUCGGGAUGAUCGGGGCAGGCCCAGGCCACCUGGCUGCAAUGAAUCUCCCGAUUCCCUUCAACCUGGUGAUGCCCCCCAUGCCUCCGCCGAGCUACUUGGGCCAAACCAACGGCCCGGCUGCAGGCCGUGGAGCUAUGAAAGGGAAUAAGCCAGGGCGCGGUGGGCGCCAGAGGCCCCGUGGUUCAGCAGCCCAAGGUGCCACUCAUGGACCAAACAGCCAAGCCAGCCAGGACGGGGCCUCGCAGUCCUUCUCGCAGGGGCCGCUGACUCAAGGCUACAUCUCCAUGAGCCAGCCUUCCCAGAUGAGUCAGCCUGGUCUCUCCCAGCCUGAACUGUCCCAGGACAGUUACUUGGGUGACGAGUUCAAGUCCCAGAUCGACGUGGCUUUGUCCCAGGACUCGACUUACCAGGGCGAACGUGCAUACCAGCAUGGUGGGGUGACUGGCCUGUCACAGUACUAGAGUGUUGCUUGAAGAAGUGAGCUAGGCUUGAGCUGAGCUUAGUUCACUAGCUUUUUAAUCUGGGAAAUAAUAAAAUCAUAAAAUGGAUACCUGUUUUCCUCUGCUACAACCGAAGCACCACCGAGUGAAAGCGACGGAAUAGCAAACCAAUGACCAGCGAGAGAAAUAAGAGGGUGGAAGACGAGGGCACGAAGAGGACGGGCGAGGAAGAGGCAAAAGGCCGGUGGACGGGCAGUAGGCGGGCACCCACGGCAGUCGGUGCAAAGGAACGAGGAGGGAAGUCGACAAGGAUGGCCACGGCUUGUCGAGCUGCCGAGGGGAAGCGAGGUGACACGCCGGUGGUCUCGAGGCUCAAAUGCCAACCCCAAACGUCCAACAAACAUCCUUGGCCUCGCAGACGCCAGGAAAGGGGGCGGGUGACACUCCAAGUUUUCCAGCUGAAUUUGAAGAAUUGGUUCUCCAGACUUGCACGAGGCUGGAUCGCACAACCAGUGAUUCAACAGGCGAUGCUUAAAAAACAAAAAGAAAAAAAAAGAAGAAGAAAUCAUCCUAAAAAUGUCCAACUCACGAGAAGUCCUGGACCGAUCUAAAUUUUGUUCGAUAUUGGGAGGAGGGUCCCAAAAUCCUCAGCGGCCUCUGAAGGAAAAGUGGAAGUCGACACACAUUCUCUCUCUCUCUCUCUCCCCCUCGGAGAGGAAAGGAAACACUUUCUGUGCUUGACACUGACGAUCUGGAGCCUGGAACUGAGAAACCCAACCACUUGCCUUGGUACCCACUGGGUCUUUCUACAAGGUCUUCUAACGGAGUGGUUUUGCACCACGCGUCAGUGGUGGACUGGCUUAGGGGAUUUCAGACUUUUUUUCCCCCCAAGGCAUGGCUCACAAAUCCCACCCAUGCCGCACUCUUGAGACCAUUUUCGUCUUUGACGUAGCUUUCGAAUCAGCACAAAAUUUGAAAAAAAGAAAAAAAAAAAAUUAUAACCUGACCAGCAUUGAAUAACUACUUUCUGUAGCAGUCAUGGCUAUCGCUUUCUCUAAUCUUUUUCGUAAUGCAGCAUUGCUGAGUAACGAGGUGUGAACUCAAUUAAGAGUCGUCCUCCCCCCCCCCCCCCCAUGCUUGAGGAAACCUGUUGUGUUGAUCACAUGAACACGAGGGGAAGAAAAGGAAGGUGGCUUGGGAAGAAACGGACGAUGCCGAUAGUUGUCGCCCCGUCGCAGUGAAGGAGAGGCCAAAUGUGGUGGAACAUUUUACAUCAUGCGUUGAAACCGUCAAUUUCUAAUCUGUAGAACUGAACGAUGGACAAUGGCUGUUUUGGACUUUGAGUCAGUGCCUAUACGUUUGUUUAAAAAAAAAAAAAUGGCUGCAGCACAAGCAAGAAUGUACUGGGAAAAAACAGCUUUGGAGCCCUCCGACACCACAGGGCUCCAUUUUUAUUUUGUUACAUGCGGUAUAGAGAUGAGGCCAGGUCAUGUUUGGAAGCCACCUUCCUUCUCUGGGGUGAAAUCAAUGGAGGAUGGGAUAUUUUCUUUUGCUUCAGUGUGAUUUUGAUGAAUCCAAUGCAGAUUUAGCUGCCUUGUGGAAUUCCUUAGCUUGUUGAAUUCUAUUUGCUUUUGUCGUUUAUUUUUAGCUCAGUCGUGCGUCCGCUUUGACUAGUUUGUAGCAACGUGUUGCCAUCAGGAAUGAUUUUAGAUUCUCAGACCGCUUGUGGUUGUAGUUUGAUCAAGUAUAGAUUUGGUUGCGCUUGAUCCGUUUAUUACAUGUAACGGCUUUAAAAAAAAAAAAAAAUCGCUUAUGUUUUGUCAUC